CCUGUUAUGACUGCUGCCAACUCAUGCAGUCUGCGGUCCACGAUUAUUUAUUCAACCGCGAGUCUGACUGCAAUCGUCUUCCACCGUGCUGUACGCCGGCUACUCGACCACCUGCAGUUUACCUCUUUUUAUUCUGCUAUUUCUUCCCGUGUAUCGGUAUUUAUCCGUACCAGCUCGCCAACCGUCAUCAUUACCCUCUGCGCAGAGGGGCACAUCGUUCCCUUAUUGGCAUGUCACACCGAGCAAGCAUGAUGCUGAGCGCUGAAUCGUUGAUCUAAACACCGUAUCUCGCGCGUCUUGCACAUUGGACAUUGGCCCGGCCAAUGCUGAGGAGCCGUCACGUCUGCCCUGGACUUCCGUCUAUCGCCAAUUGCAUUACCCUAUCAACAAUCUAGAGAAUGACGCAGAACUUUGAAAAGUCGGUCAAAGGGGCCACAAAGAUUAAGCUUGCCCCCCCCAAGUCGAAAUAUAUCGAGCAUAUUCUCCUAGCAACGCGCAGCGGAGAGGCCGGUGUCGCGGAAAUCUUUCGCACGUUGCAGUUUCGAUUACGCGACUCAACAUGGACUAUUGUUUUUAAAUCGCUCAUCGUGCUUCACUUGAUGAUCCGAGAGGGUGCCGAAUCGGCAACGCUGGAAUACCUUGCGGAGAAUCCGAGGAAAAUAGCAAUCAGCAGCUUUUCAGAAGUUCAAUCACAGGGACACAACAUCCGGAGAUAUUCCGAUUACUUUAUUGCUCGCGCCCGAGCCUUUUCGGAUUCCAAAGUCGACUACGUCCGUAGUGGACAAGGCCGAUUAAAACGUCUAACAGUCGACAAAGGCUUGUUAAGAGAGACGGAAGUUGUGCAAAAGCAGAUCAAGGCAUUGCUGAAAUGUGACCUCCUGACAGAUGAUGUCGAAAAUGAAAUCACCCUGACUGCUUUCCGGCUUUUGACCCUCGAUCUGCUAGCUCUAUACUCUGUUAUGAAUGAAGGCACAAUCAAUGUCCUGGAGCACUAUUUUGAGAUGUCACGCCCAGACAGCGAGCGUGCCUUGAAAAUCUACAAAACGUUCGGCGCGCAAACUGAAGAGGUGGUCAAAUUCCUCGGUGUGGCCCGGCAUUUCGAGUAUGCCACCCGAUUGGAGAUCCCGAACCUCAAACACGCCUCAACCGAUCUCGUGCAGCUAUUGGAGAAUGACCUGAACGAUCCUGAUUUCGACCUACGGCGGAGAGACUAUCGGGUGCAAAAGAAUGGCAAGAAAGGGCGAACUUCGUCAUUCAGCAAGUCGCCGAUAACGUCCAAGGCCAAUGCACCGUCUAGUUUCACGCCCAGCAGACCUCAAACGGCACCAGCUCCAAAGCCAGAGACCAAGGCCGCAGGUGGCGAUCUCAUUGACUUUUUCGAUUCGAUUGAUAUGAAUCAGCAACAACCUAGCCAACCACCGCAACUGCAAAACUUCCAACAGGCCGGCUUUGGUCAACAGAUGUUUCAAGGGCAACCAACGGGCUUUCCCACUCAGCAAACAGGGUUUGCGCAGCCCCAGUCUCAGUUGGGGUUUCAGCAGACUAGUUUUGCUAGUGGCUACAAUCAGCAACAGGGCACUAAUCCAUUUGCCCAAUCUCAACCCCAACCUCAACCCCAAGCACCAGUACCGGCCACGCCUCAGCAACUCCAGACCCAGCCCACGGGUGCAGGAUUCGGUGGCUACGGUCCACAAUCGUAUGGAUUCCAGAGCACGCUGCCAGCCAUUCCUCAAAACGGAGUAUCAACGUUCCAACAGCAACAGCAACAAGGCGUUUCAAACGCAUUCCAACCACAACAGACGAGUUUCCAACCGCAGCAAAACACUUUCCAACAACAAUCAAAUGCUUUACAACCGCAGCAGACCGGCACUAACCCAUUCCGAGCAUCCAUGCUCAUCUCCAAUCCCAGUAGCAGUGCCGGCGGCUUCAAUCAACCAGGGCAGGCCCCUAAACCACUAACGCGGCAAAACACCAACCCCUUCUCAAAGAGACUCUCGAUGGCUCCUCCAUCCCAGCCACCACCAAUGCCACAACAACUUCCAUCUCCAUCCCCCUUUCAGCCAGGCCAACCCACCGCCCAUCCCCUCCAGCCUCAACGCACAGGCACAAACCCAUUCGCCAAGCAGUCCCCGGCGCUUCCAACCGCGUCUCAACAAACUCUCCAACCCUUACAGCCCAAUCCAACCGGCAGCACCAAUCCCUUCCGCCAAAGCGCGUUUAUCAACCAGCAGACCGGCCAAGCAUGGCAAGUCGGCGGGCAGCACGGGACUAUGGGGGGAUUAGAACAGCUCGACACCGUGCCCAUCUUCCCUCGCCCGGGAAUGACGUGAAUAGACCGUACAUAAUCGUAUCUUAUGUUUGAAACUUGUGCAACAUCACCAGCGCAUCAUUCUUUCGUUUUAUUGGCUUCUUUCUGUGGAUACUUCUAAUCUGCUACUACACAAUACCGUAUUUGAUAGAUAAUGCAUGUCAUUGGGUAUUGACCAUAAGCGCGUCUAUAUUAUUUCAAAUGUUGAUGUUUGAUGUUGAUUGAUAGGUGAUGGAGUGGCACGUGCAGUUCUAUUAAUAUCUGCUCAGCCACCACGCUUACAUAUACAUACUUACAUACCAGCAUUAAUAACAAAAACUAUCUAAAUUGCAUAUGUAGUUUAGGUAUAAGUAGCCGAGUUUACGUACAUAAUAA